UAUAACUUCAAGGGUGUGGUGAAUGAACGAGGUAAUGGCAUGUGUACCAGGCAAUAACCUUGAAAAUUCGAGUGUGUGUCCGCUACGAAUUAAACUUCACAUAACCAGCCAGUAUAUAGAUCAAUUCAAUAGUUAUGGAUUAUUCUAGUCUGGUCAGCAUGGAACAAUCAGUGAAACAAACGAUGCGAUUAGCAAAAGAUACGAUACAACAGAAUCCUUCAAAGUUUGUCGUUGUCUCGGUUUUAAAUCUUGUGAUACUUGGAUAUUUUUUGUAUAUUUACACGACAAGUUUCACCGCCGCGGUACCGAAAAUACAACACUUUAGCAGCAGGAAAAUAACUUUAAAUAGCAUUGAAAAAUCAAGAAAGAAAUGGAAUCAUACUUAUGGAAAAUGGUUAAAUUACUUACCAGAUUUUCAAACCGCCGUGAUAGCCAUUGACAAGAUUCCAUAUUUCCCUUCCGUGAACGAGACAACAUCACCCAAUAAUUCUUUUAUUACGAUACAAAAGAUGCCGUACUUCGUCGGUGACCUCUUAGAAGCCGUAAUUACGUCAAAGAAUUAUUGGAAUCAAACAAAACAGUACGGAGGUGAUCUCUUUCAAGUUAUUCUUUAUCGCAAGCCAGCUGAUGAUAUCCUAAUUCCCUGCAAAAUAACAGACAAUCAUAAUGGACUUUAUGACGUAACAUGCCCACUUGUCAGUGAAGGUGACUUCGAACUGAAAGCAAAACUGAGGUUUUCUAGCGAACUUUUAUAUUUAUUUAUGUUAAAUCAUCAAACUAAAAUGGGAGUUAAUAUAUACGUGACCAGCGAAUAUAUGAAUUCAAGCUCCCCAGCCGAGCAUUCAAGAUGCGCGGUAGGAUUUGAUGAGCCUGUGGACAACGAACUAUGCAAUUACACAAACCCCACCAACGGAGAGCCAUGGUUUUGUAUCAAGCCACCAUCAAGAGAAUGCAAUCCUAUAUCAUCUCAGCAAAAGAUUCAUUUGAAGGGAACAGACAUGAAAAAAGGAGAAAUUCCAUUGAAUUUCAUGAAAAAAUAUUAUAAAGAAACCAAUCAAUAUGGAGCUGAAAUAUCUCUAUCAGGAAUAAAAUUCAAAGUUUUGAAAAAAAUUAAGAAAAAGAAAAUUAAUUUUUUAUCAAAAGAAAAUUGUUACGAUACAUUCAAGAACACUAUGAAACAAGUCGAUCCACUUAUUUCUGGAUGGUUACAAAAUAAAAACUGGCAUUCAAUGCGGUGUGAAAACAUGCCCAUUGAACUAGAGGCCUUGUUCAAAUGUCUGGAAGGAUGCGAUGUUUAUUUCUUUGGAGAUUCAGUCAUACGUAAAUGGUAUAUUUGCUUCAAAAAACAUCAGUUUAAAGAGUAUCUUGGAAUUAAGAAUAGUUGGUCUAUAUCAAGAGAUGCGAUAUCAGAGCAUUUCAACGUUUCACUGCAUUAUAGGAGUCACGGACCUCCACUUCACAGCGAUGGACCGCCAACUGCAAGACCUUACAUUUCUGACUCUUUAGAUGCGAUAUCGGAAAAAGAGAAAUCUGUGGUCAUUAUUUCUCUCGGAGCACAUUAUUUUUCCACAAGUGCCGACAUAUUUUUAGAACGAAUACUUGUUAUUAAAAAAGCAAUACGGCGAUUGCUUGCUAGAUCCCCGAAAUCUAGAGUUUUUAUGAAAGGUAUUCACACAAUUGGAGGUGUUUCGACCCGAUGGCUAUUUUACCGCAUGGAACAAAUUUUAAAACAUGAAUUUCAGAAUGAAAAAGACGUUACCCUUUUAGACGUGUGGGAACUGUCUGUUUUAAUGAACAAUACAAAUAUUCAUCCGCACGACGACGUACUAUUUCAGCAGAUAGGGUUGUUUCAGUCAUAUUUGUGCAGAUAAGUUUUUUUUUCCCCGACCCUUGAAACCAAUAAUAAAAUUCCCCAUUACUAUACCAUUGCAACCUUUUUCAUGCAU